AUGAGUAAUUAUAUGCCACAAGGAUCUAAUCCAGAAACAGCAUCAUUCACAUGCAAUACUUGUGGAAUCAAAUUUAUAAAUGCCGAACUUCAACGACAACAUAUGAAGACUGAAUGGCAUCGAUAUAAUCUUAAAAGAAGAGUAGCACAAUUACCUUCAAUUUCUUCUGAUACAUUUGCUGAAAAGAUAUUACAUUCACGACAAUUUGAAUUGGGUGGUGGUAGUGGUGAUUCUAGAGGAGAGAAUGAAGAUGAAUAUGGAUUUUAUGUAGCUACAAGAAAGAAGAAAUUACAUGGUGGUCAAAGACAAUUGACGAAGAAGUUUUUGAAAUUGCAACUGAGGAAACUAGAGCAGGGACUGACUAAUAGCGAAGGACAAGAGGCAGACAAUGAAGAUGACGAAGAUGAAGGACAAAAGCCGUUUACAGGGUCCAAUAGUGUCAUUUCUGAAUUUUCACAAUUUUCAUUAGACGAUCAUCAUGAUACCCAUUCCGAGAUUGGAUCUGUAGAUACUGGAUCAGAGAUCAAUUAUACCGAAUCUGAUUUCACCGAUUUGGAAGGAGAAAUGCUUUCCUCAGAAGAAGAAGAGGACGGAUACGUCUAUGACGACGAUGAAGAAAAUGACUAUUCCGAUAAUGAUGAUUCAAUGGAAGAAAUAAAAGCUAUCCCAAACACCCAUUGUUUCUUUUGUGAUCAAAAUAAUCAUGAAAUUGAAAAUAAUAUAAAACAUAUGUUUAACAGACAUGGUUUAUACAUUCCUGAAAGAUCGUUCUUAAUCAAUGUUGAAGGGUUUCUCAAUUAUCUUAGUGAAGUAAUCUCAGUGGAUAAUGAAUGUUUGGUUUGUGGAUUCGUCGGUAGAAGUUUGGAAAGUAUCAGACAACAUAUCACAUCAAAAGGACAUUGCAAAAUUCCAUAUGAAACAAAACAAGACAAAUUGGCUCUUGCUGAAUUCUACGAUUUCAUUGAUGAAUCAUCUUCCACCAGAAGAAAAAGUACAACUGACAAGCAUGUGGGAUUCAGUGAAGACCCCCUGUCCUCUGCAAUUAUUGUCGAAUAUGCCGCAUCAGAAGAUCUUGACGAUGCUUCUGAAGAUAUGGAUGAUAAUGGAAUCAAUAAGAAUUAUUCACUAGUCCAAAUAGAUAGAUCCGGAGUCGAAUUAACCACUCCUCUGGGUUCACGAAUCGGACACAGAUCAAUGGCAAGAUAUUAUAGACAGAAUAUUGCCUUACCCCGUGAAUAUUCCCAAGGACAACAAACACAAGCAUUAGUGGAUAGAAGAUUUGCAGCUACUGAACUUUCGUCAUAUCAAGUUACAAAGGAAGAAAAAGCGAUUAGAAGGGUAGAACUUAGAUUGAAGAAUGAGAAUGAGAGAAGGACGAAGUCUACUAAAGUUAAUUUCCAAAAACAUUUUAGAGAUGAAAUGUUACAAUAG